AUAAUGUAAUGGCGCCAAAUUCCUCGGAGUCUCCAUCACCUUUCCCGAGCUAUGGCAAUACAAAAUCUCUUUCUCUACCUUCGACCGGACACUCCUCUCAAUCCCUACUUUGACUUUCCCAUGGCCUCUCAACCCAAAAACGACGGCGCUCCUCCGCCCCUCCACCGCCGUUCUCUACCGCGCGUCCUCCUCCUCCGUAACCCCCACCACUUCUCCCUCCUCAACCGUCCCCUCCCCGACAACUUCCACUUCCUCAAGCCAUGGGAAUCGCCGCUCUCCUUCGACGACUUCCUCUCCUCCCCCGACGCCCGCGCCGCCGAGGCGAUCUACACCUCCGGCAGAGACCCGAUCAACGCCGACAUGCUCCGGCGGCUCCCAGAGGCCCGCCUCGUCGUCACCACCAGCGCGGGCCUCAACCACAUCGACCUGGCCGAGUGCCGGAGGCGGGGGAUCGCGAUCGCCUGCUCGGGGGACGCGUACACGGACGCCGUGGCGGAUUUGGCGGUCGGACUGCUGAUCGACGUGCUGAGGAAGCUCUCGGCGAGCGACCGGUACUUGAGGCGUGGAUUUUGGGGUAGUGAGGGUGAAUUUGCACUCGGAUCGAAGCUGGGCAGCAAGAGAGUCGGAAUUGUUGGCAUGGGGAGGAUUGGCCUAGAGGUUGCUAAAAGGCUUGAAGCCUUUGGAUGUGCCAUUUCAUAUCAGUCAAGGAAGAAAAAGCUACACGUUUCGUAUGCUUUCUAUUCCAAUGUCUAUGAGCUCGCCACUAACUGCGAUGCCCUAGUAAUCUGUUGCGGCCUGACUGAGCAAACCCACCACAUGAUCAACAGGGAAGUGUUAUUAGCUUUGGGGAAGGAAGGUGUGAUUGUUAACAUUGGGCAUGGAUCAAUUAUCGAUGAAAAGGAAAUGGUGCAACUUCUAGUCCAGGGAGAGCUUGGAGGCGCUGGCUUAGAUGUGUUUGAGAAUGAGCCCAGUGUUCCUGAAGAGCUCCUUGCUCUUGACAGUGUCGUGUUAUCGCCGCAUACAGCUGUUUAUACCCCGGAAACCUUAUCAGAUUUAUGCGAUCUCGUCGUCGGGAACUUGGAAGCUUUCUUUUCGAAUAAGCCCUUGCUUUCCCCCGUGUUAUAUGAGUGAACUGACUGCUCCACUGGUAUUGGCUCUGUUACCACUACUAAACUAGAUUCAGUUGGCUUUACCUGAA